AUGCCAAAAUUUGCCGAAAGAGAACUUGUUGUUCGAAAAAUGAACCAGCAAUUCCAGGAUAAUUUGAGAAUGCGAAAAGAAACUAAUGUUUUGAACACCAGAGCACUCAGUUUGACCAAAAAUCUACAAGUUUUGCAAAAAGAUAUCCGAUGCUUUGGUUCUUACGUAGAAGACCUCAAAUACCAAGCCCGAUCAAACUACAAAAACAUUCAGGCGAUUCUGGAGCGACAAGACAUGAAAAUGCUUACUGGCGAAUAA